UUGAUUCUUAACAUACUGUAUUGCUUACAUUCCAAGGCAGUUAAAAUUUUACAAAUUCUCCCUCCACCAUACCCUCUGAAAACAGCAAUUAGCCACACCUAGUCUUUUGUCACCAAGUCAUAAAAUCCCGAAUUGCCAGAAUAACAGCCUGACAGUCUACUGCAGAUCAGUUUUAUUUUUGUCUUUGGAGUGUUCACUUGUGGAUAAAAUUUUAGUGAAAAUGCCAAAAGUUAAAACAUCUAAAGCUUCAUUAAUUCGGCAAUGGCUUCAAGAAUUCCCUCAUUACACGUCGGAUGGCAAGAUUAUUCUGUGCCAAGUCUGUAAUAAAGAGGUGUCCAGUGAAAAGAAAUGCCACCUCACACAACAUGCACAAGGUGCUCUGCAUAAAUCGAACGUUGAACGAAAAUAUAAAAUGAAACAGACUCUCUUGACGCAGACUUCAGAGACUUCAUCAAAGAAAAAUGAGUUUAGUGCUGAUUUGUGUCAUGCUAUUAUAGCAGCAAAUAUUCCAUUUAAAACAUUGGAGAACACUCAUUUUAGAAAUUUCUUGGAAAAGUACUGCCACCAGAAAAUUCCUUCAGAGUCGACACUUCGAAAGUAUUAUGUGCAACCUGCAUACGAAGAUAUUAUUUCCAGGAUAAGAGACAAUCUUAAGGACUCUUACUUGUGGUUCUCUGUAGAUGAAACAACGGACAGUCUUGGACGCUACGUUGCCAACUUGAUUGUUGGAAAGCUUGAUGCCGAUGGGCCCUCCAGAGCUUACCUGAUCUACACAAAACAGUUGACUAAAACUAACCAUGAAACAGUGGCUCAUUUUGUGAACAAUGGACUAAAGAUAAUUAAUCCUGAUGAAGAUAAAGUUCUUGUAGCCGUAACAGAUGCUGCUUCAUACAUGGUUCCUGCCAUGAAAACACUUAAGAUUUUUUUUCCUGCUCUUGUCCAUGUGACAUGCUUGGCCCAUGGUCUCAAUCGGGUAGCAGAGCAAAUCAGAGUAGAAUAUGAGAAGGUGAAUAAACUCAUCUCCUCUGUCAAGAAAGUGUUCAUUAAAGCCCCAUCAAGAGUGCAAGCUUUUCGGCAGAUGCUCCCAGAUGUUGCUCUUCCUCCAGAACCUGUUCUCACUCGUUGGGGAACUUGGCUGAAGGCUGUUAACUACUACAGUGAACAUUUCUCUGAUAUAAAGAAACUUCUGGACACUUUAGCGGAUGAUGCAGUUUGUGUAACUAAAGCCAAGGAAAUUUUGAAUGACAUUUAUGUUCAGAACGACUUGGUGUACAUUAAGUCUCAUUUCACAUUCAUUGCAGAUACUAUUACUGCUCUUGAAAGUAGUGGGAAACCGAUAUAUGAACAAAUUGAUCUCCUCAACAGAGCAAAGCAGAAACUUUGUGAUGCACCAGGCACUGCUGCAGAAAAAGUGAGGAAAAAGUUGGAUGCAGUGCUUCAAAAGAAUACUGGAUUAAAGUCCUUGUUUGUUGUGGCUGAUAUUUUGGCAGGAAAGAAGAGCAAAACCGAAAGUGAAUUCCCAGUUCAUCUUCUUCCAAGGUUGAAAUACUGUCCGUUAUCGUCAGUAGAUGUGGAACGCUCUUUCUCUGCGUAUAAAUUAAUACUCAGUGACAAACGUUGCAACUUUUCUAUUGAAAAUUUGGAAAAAGUGCUUAUAAUAUAUUGUGAAGCAAACUAUGGGAAACAGAGUGAAUAAAAAAUGUAAAGAUAAUUGUUUGUCUACUUUUGCGUUUGCAGCAUUCUGAAUAUGUGCAUUUUUGUUUGGAAUACAUAUGUUAAAUAAAUAAACCAUUGUCUGAUAAGUACAUUACUUGUUCAUUGUGCAAAUUUUGACCGCCUAUUUUUUGUUUAUAAAGCCUAAACGAGACAAUUUAAGAGCCUAUUUUAGGCGCCUAAAACACUACUUUUAAGGGCCUAAAUGUCCGCUGUCUAGUUAUAAUAUAUUGUACAGUUAGCAAAUUUAAUAUAUUCUGAUAUUAAUUUUGACUAUGAAAUAGAACUAAAUAGUAGUAUUAAUUAUUUAGAUGUUACAAUAAAUAGAAAAAAUAAUAAAAUUGAAUUCCAAAGAUUAUAAACCCUGUAGUGUUAAAAACAAUUUUUAUUCUUAUAUGCCUAGGUUUGAAAUAUAUUUUACUAGCAGAUGAGGGCAUUGCUCAGACAAACAGUAAUGAUAGCAAAGAUUUAAAUUAAUAGAUUAUAGAUGAUCUUACCCAUUUUCACCGAGUGUAAAAAUUAGGUCUCCCCUCUUCCAAGAUUAAUUAGAAAAUUUUUAGAUAUCUGCUUACCACACCAGGAUAACAAUAAAUAAGACUCACUGCAACUACUAACCAUUAGUAGUACCACUAAGAGAUAAAUAAUAAACAUUUUCAUAACUCUUUCUGGGUUCUUCUUCAAUGAAUUCGAAAAAUAAGCUAGAUCUUCCAGAAUCAUUCAUAAAUAUAAAUUCGAACAUUAAGACGAAGAGUUUGAAUAAAGCAAACUUAUGCACAUGUGCUCCCUGUGUUAACUUUAUACACAAUGGAAAACUAAAUAUCGUUGAGAAUUUUUAGAAGAGUCUAAAAAUGUUCGAUUUCCCUGCAUAAAUGCAAAAAAGGCAUCUAAAAUAGUACAGUAGAAGCCAAGUUCUUCAGGGUAAUCCUUAAUCCUCUCUCUCCCUCGCGGUGCGGAUUUUGAAAAAUUCCUUCUUAGUGUACUACAUUCUCAUGACGUACCCUAACUGUGUACCAAAUUUCAACUUUCAACUCCUAACCAUUUCGGUUAUGCACUUAUUGUUAUCAUUAUUUUCAUUAUCAACCGAUCUCAAUUAUAUUACAAGAUUUAAGACAAAUAUUUUAAAAACUUCAAAUCAUACAACAGAAUCCAGCAAA